GCCCACUAUCGCUUUGGCGCGCUCGCACAUCCACAUACGCUGACGCACACGAAAACACGACACACACCAACCCGCAUCGGCCCCACGACGCUUUAGCAGGCAAGUGGGGAGGGAAUCAUGGGUCGAGGUCUUCGUCAGACAACGCUGUCGUUUGGACCAGACCGCCGCAUCUUGACUUCAUCCACAUCCACGCCUCCUCUCCCAAGGCGAACGCACUCCACCACUGAAGCAUCCUCAACCGCAUCGUCGUCCUCAACAGCGUCGUCCUCCUCGUCCAAGCGAACCAGUGGCGCCAGCGGCGCGUCGUUGUUGGCACGCACGCGAACCCUUCCACCAUCGUCCUCGGCAGCGCGGACGAGCAGCAGCCACGCAAAGCGUCCAAAAGUGAGCCUCGGGUUUCCUCCGCUCACCAAAGCGCCAUCGUCGUCGUCGCCAGCAAGCUCAACCAAGAUGGACAUUGAUCUGAAGCCUGGCAAGGAUGUUCCUCUGCCAGAGGAUCUUGGCGCGACUUUUCCACCUGUCAAAGCGUCCAAGGGACACACGUGCCUGUGCCACCCGUCCUCGCCAGCUGCUCCGGAUCCACCAAAGCCCUUUGGCACUCCAAUUGACAUUUGGGACAGCUACCACGUGCGGAUGCCCACGUCCCCUAAGAACCAGUAUGCGAAUCGCCGCACAGACAGCGUGGAGGAGCGAUGGAAGCUGAUCACACACACCCUGCAACGCAUGCAGUUUACAGACGCUGUUGACUUGCAGCGCGUGGUGCUGCGAUUUAACCCCCGAUACCGCUCGCGGUGGAACUUCAAGGCCCUGCAGGCAUACUGCGCAGACAAGACGCGCCUGAAGCGGCUGCAGCGCGUUGUUCCCAAGAUUGCCCACCUCGCCCUCCGCCUUCCAGAACUGUGUCCAACACCCAUCCCCAUUCUCUCGCGCGACCGCAACCACUCGCUCACCCUCAGCCAAGCUCAGGCUGCGUGUCUUCUCGCGAAUGCGUUCUUCUGUACAUUUCCGCGCCGAAAUGCGAGCAAAGGCCGCAGCACGCUGCCCAGCAUCAACUUCAACAGCCUGUUUGCUGCGUUUUCCGGGAGCAUCCCAGCUGUUGCCGAGGCGAAACUAGACUGCAUUGUCAACUACUUUGAACGCGUGACGAGCACACUGCCUGGGGGCGUGAUUACAUUUCACCGCCAGGCUCUCGCUGUCGACAACAUACCAGACUGGGAAAACAGCAGUUGUCCGCUGACGCAGAUGAAAUGUUUCGCGCACGGAACCAUUGAGGACCACGGCAUUGGCAUGUCGCAGGCCGACUUUGCGAACAAGAUGAUUGGCGGCGGUGUUCUCGGCCGCGGCGCUGUGCAGGAGGAAAUCAGAUUCCUCAUCUGCCCAGAGCUGCUUGUGUCUCGCCUGUUCACGGAGGUGUUGCUGCCCCACGAGAGCCUCAUCAUUACAGGCGUUGAGCAGUUUUCGCGCUACACGGGGUACUCGUCCACGUUCAGAUUUGCAGGAAACCACGUCGACACCACGCCUCGGGACGAGUGGGGUCGCCGCAAGACGCAGCUCAUUGCCAUCGACGCCCUCGUGUUCCGCGGCCGUGCGCGCUACCAAUACGACCCUCAACUUGUCAAACGCGAGCUCAACAAGGCGUUUGCUGGAUUGUGGGUGAGGCGACCGCCACGUGAACACGCAACGCGCUUCCCCGUCAAUGCAACAUUCGCAACAGGAAACUGGGGCUGUGGAGCGUUUGGCGGAGAUCCGCAUCUGAAGGCGUUGCUGCAGUGGAUGGCUGCGUCGUGCGCGGAGCGCAACCUGGUGUACUUCACAUUCCAAGACGUUGAGCUGAAGGAGCUGCUGCAAGCAACAGUCCACAACAUUCAGAAGAAAGGCUGGACUGUUGGCAACUUGUACACGGCACUCGAAGAGUACUCCAUGUACCUUUUGGAACGGCGACAGCGGCGUGCGUCCUCUCUGCUGGAGUUUGUCAACUUGCGGUUGGAAGGGCAGCAGCCAUCACACGAUGACGAUGACGAUGAUGACGAUGAUGAUGAUGACGUCGUUGGAGUGGACGCAGAGGAGCGCGGGCUGGGCGAUCACGUGCUGGAGGAUGAGGCGAUGGAGGAUGCUGUUGCGCCUGGCGUCGUGAGGCCUCCGCUGAAAACAGAGAUCAGCGGCGACUUUGGUGCUGUGGCACGUGUGAGCGAGGGUGCCGAGGCAACAACCACUGCAGCAACAACUUCAGACACACCUGUUGAUGACAUUGAAGACGCCCCGUCCCCAGAGGAUGAGGGUGAGAAGGACGCAGAUGAUGUGGAGGAGAGCCUGGACGAUGAUGAAGUGCUGAAGCUCGAGCGUGCCGCAUUGGACGCGCUCUACGCCAAGUAUGGCGACUGAGCGCUGACACGCCUGUCUGUAAGUGUGCGUGUGCGUGCGUGUGUGUGUGUGUGUCUGCGUUAGCGUAUCUGUUGUCUGCGUUAGCGUGUCUGUUGUCUGUGUGUCUGUGUGUCUGUGUGUGCAUGCCUGCGUCACACUGCGGCGCGUCUCCGUUUGAAGAUGACCCUUCCGCACCAGUGCACUCGUGCAUGACAUGAGAUGGGAUGAACUUGCUUUCCGAUAAACUCAUUGAUGAUCA